GGAGGACAUGGGGGUGCAUGCUAAAAGCACGGAUUGCUAGGUCUCGAUCCGUAAAUACUAGGUCAAAAUCUUUAAGAAAUAAUUCUGGUAAUCUAUACUUUUAAUCAGCUCCACAGAUGACUGUUACAAUCAGGCACUCCUGGGACGUGUUGAUUGAAUGGGAAGUCAGCAGAGAGUGGGCGGGGAAGGCCAGGCGGGUUGCAGCGAUCACGAGGAGUGCGCCUACAAUUCCCAUAUUGCCCCGCGAAAUAGCGACGAGCAAGCCAGAGCCCUGCCGGGAGUUGUAGUUUCCCUUGCUAGGCCGCUGCCUAUAAAGAACGCCGGAGAUGGCUACAGAAAACUUCCCGCCCCACAAUGCAAAGGCCAACGGCGACGCCAUCUAGGGCGCGCCUGGAAUCGAGCAGGCAGUUUCUGCCGCAUCUGCCCCAACCUCUGCUGUCUCAGAGCUGGCCUUCGCCGCCGCCGCCCCCACCACCGCCCCCGCCGCCAUCGCCGCCGCCACCGCCGCCACCACCACCGUCACCUCCGCCGCUGCCACCUUGGGGCCCUCCUCCUUCACCGCCCCGUUCUCCACCUCUACACGUUCAAGGCCUUCUGUCUUGGAGAAGAAGCUAUUAUCGGUCUCCCCUGUGGGCCCGGGGCACAGCCAUGGCGGACGGCGGCGGCGGCGGGGGAGCGGGCGCGGUGGGCGGUGGCGGAGCGGGCCAGGCCUCUGCCGGGGCAGCGACUGGCGCUACUGGGGCCAGCGGGGGCGGUGGCCCCAUCAACCCGGCCUCGCUGCCUCCCGGCGACCCGCAGCUCAUCGCUCUCAUCGUGGAGCAGCUCAAGAGCCGGGGCCUUUUUGACAGCUUCCGCCGGGACUGCCUGGCCGACGUGGACACCAAGCCAGCUUACCAAAACCUGAGGCAGAAAGUGGAUAAUUUUGUGUCAACACAUCUGGACAAGCAGGAAUGGAAUCCUACAAUGAACAAAAACCAAUUGCGAAAUGGUCUGAGGCAGAGUGUGGUUCAAAUAUACCUGACACCUUUUGAAAGCUAAUUUCUGGUGAAGAAGUGGAUUGGGUUACGUAAGAGUGCAACUUCAGACCGAAGAUAGGCCAAGGUCGUCACUGAUCUCAAGAUUUCAACCCUGACUACGGGCAGUGACCAGAUUGAAAGGGGAGCAAGUUCGGCAGUGGGAAAGUUGACUGUGUCGCCCCCUGCAUUGUGCUGCCAUUUGGCCAGCCUGUCCAAGGGCAUGACACCAAGUAGACACUACAGAGAGAAACACUACAGCGACCCAGGGUUGUCCUGAAACAGACUUUUAUACUUGAACAUGGAGACUGUGCGUAGACUUUAGGGUUUGUGUGGUGGAAUCAACGGAAGCUACAGUGAGAACAUAGCCAGUCCCAAAGACAAUUUCAGAGAACAAUGACAGUAAAGUUUAGCUGGGAGUUGUCUUUGACAGUGUUUAUUUGCAAACCAGAUUGUACAAGUCAUUAGCAUCAGAUAGCUUUAAAGUUAUGACCUUCUUGUACAUGAAUCUUCUAGCCAGUUUCCUUUCCUUUGUAAUAGGUAAUGAGACAUGAAAUCCUAGAAUGUGUGAGAAGUUCAGACAGUAGGCAUAAGGAAACUCGUUUGCAGGCUGUCUGUCCAGGGCUGCUUCCUGUCCUGAAGGGGCCAGUGAGUCUUGGGUAUGUUUAUUUUAUCCUCACAUUUGUGUUUUUUUAGAAGUGAAUGGUCAAUAAAUGGCUUAUCUUUCAUAAUAAAA